AAUAAACCGUACUUCUGGAUAGGCCGCGAUGACUUCUGAAUGUGGAUCGACUGUUCAUGAGAUCUAUCUUCAAGCUGCAGCUCGUAUAUAAGCGCCUGUUGGUAUCGAACACGAACAGAAUCCCAGAAACACGAUGCGUCUUCCAGUUUUCGCUCUCUCCUUAUAUACUGCCUUUCUGGGGCAGACCCAGGGCGACGUCGAGAGACAAGGCGCGGUUGAUAUUUCGGGUGGCAGCGUCAGCGGUACCACGCCAACCAGAAACAAUGGCACCAUCAUUCAGCCUGGGGUCAACAGCAUGAUUUGGCUGGAUAUGCCGUUUCCGUUCGAGUACAAGCCGUCCAACUGGUGUCACACGGGGUAUACCCACAUCUCUGUCUGGCUGAUGGAUCACAUACCCGGCGCUGAGGAUCUGGACGGAUCAGGAAAGCCACUGUAUGCCCAGCACCAUUUCGGAGACUGGACGAUGUCCAACUACGCUCAUCUGCCUGACGCACCGGACAAAGCCCCGAAUGUGCUGUAUCUUCGUCGAGAUGGCCCUGGUGUACCUGAAGGUGGGUACAUGUACUUCUCCGUAGUGGAGCACGCAACUGGCUGUCCACCGCGUAACUCACCAACACAAUAUGGCAUUACGUCGAACCAAGUCUACGUGCACUGAUAUAGACUGGACCACCUGUCUUGAAAAGUGCACUAAACCGUUGGCGCUCAUAACAGUGGCUAUGCUUGAUCCUAGGAUAUUCGUUCCUUCAUUACACAUUGUAAGACCGAGAUAUAUUUUACAGCAAUAGUAUGGAUGGCGAAAGGAGGACAUGUGAGACCCAAGGCGCUGAGUCGAUGGCGGGCGUGACUGAACAUGCACCGAUCUCCUGCAGCCAAUCGUCACUCCCAGGGUGAUAGUGAUAGUGAUAGUAUUAUACACGGCAUGGUCCAAUCACUGAACACCGUGUUCCCAAGAUUAUCCUAGCGCUAGGUACGAGCUAAAUACGCGCCUUCGUCUUGGACCCCCAGCUGCUUAUCCGACGAGCUUUUCAGCACAUAACUCCGAACGUCUAUCAAGGAGUAAGCAAGAAGGGGGCAGUUGGUGUGCGCUGCCUCGUUGUCACGAAGUAGCAGCACGUUGUAUGACUAUCUGUCGUCACAGAGUAGAAAUACAGUGUGCUCGUAGGUAUAACAAGAACCACUUGAUACCCGCUCCCCAGGGAGAGUGACCGCUGGUUGGCCUGGGGGUGUUGAGAGGCAGUGUGGAUCAUGAUCGAUGAUGGAGGUGACUCGGUGAGUGAGGUGGUCACGCUCACAGGUGAGGGUGGAGGACGAGGUCCGCUUGCCGUUUGAUAUGGGGAAUGCCAUCGGUGAGGUCGGCGUGAUAACAGUCUGAGGGGAUAGACCGUUCCACUCCUUGCUCGAGAGCGGCUUCCGGCACAGUCUUGAGACUGGCAAGGGUAGCAAGGAUGGAUGCGUGGCCAGUCUCGAUGCUGGUGACACGAGAGUUCCAGCCCUGGAUCGAGUCCACGAUGUCGUAAUUGGCCAAUGAGCUCAUCACAGACAGUUACAGCCUGGAGGGUUCAGGAGACCUCAAGGGCUGAGCGAGUAUCGCACAUAGAGGUGCGGAGGACGCCGAUGUUCUCACGUAGCGUGUCAAGGUCUGAGGUAAAUGUGAAGAUAGCGUCCUCGACACGCGUAGCCAUAGAGGCGAUGGAUGCCUGCCGCAGUGGACUCGAGUUUCAAAUUCAUUGUUUUGAGUGGAGAUGCAGGAGGGGCCGGAGGGGACGUGGAGGUGACAGGUGUAAUCCCAGACGUCGCGUCGGAGGCCGAGUUUUGGCGCAUGAGUGCAGCCUUCUAAGUAGCGUCGUCGUCGGGCCAGGUGCAACAGUGACGGGAGUCACAGCCGCGGUGGUGGAGGCGGUCGUGUUGGCCCAGGGCCAGCUGAUGCCGUGGUCGCGGUAGUGGUCCUCGCGUCCUCGCCCACUGCAGGUUUCGGGGCUUCAUGUGCGGGCACGAGGUGCAGGGCGUCGCAGGAUUUUGGGCUUUGGGGGCAACCACGAGGCGCUGGACACCGGACACGUGUAGUGUGAUACGUCGGUCUCAGCUCGACACAGCAGAGAGGAAGGAGGCUCAGGUGCGAGUGGGGAAAGAGUUGUCGAAAAUUUCACGUUUAUCCGACGUUCCGCCGCGCGGAAAACCGCAUUUUUUUCACUCAAUUGUUUGUCAGGUAUGAGUGUGUAUGAUUCUCCUCUCGUGUACGGGCCGAUUCUGUAGAGAAAAGGGCGUAGGACGUUUUUUCGAGGGGUUGGUGAAUCAGGGAUGGUGAUGGUUCGUGGUAGGAGAAGUAAAUGGGUAGUCCUGAUCUCUUUUCCA